AUGAAGUUACUCAGUGUGCUGUCCGGUCUUGUGGUCGUGGCUACAGCCCUUCCACACAAGCAAUUCGAUCUCCAGUCGAGCUUGCUCACCGAUCCAACAAAGGUGGCCGGUGAAACUUUCGACUAUGUGAUUGCCGGUGGAGGUUUAACUGGCCUUACCGUCGCAGCGCGUCUCACCGAGAACCCCGACAUCACCGUUCUCGUCAUCGAAAGUGGCUUCUACCAAUCGAACAUCGGUCCUAUCAUUGAAAACCUCAACCACUAUGGUGAUAUCUUCACCACAUCCGCCGACCAAUCCUUCGAAACGAUUCCGCUCGCCAUUCACAACCGCACUGAGAUUAUUCGGUCAGGCAAAGGACUGGGAGGUUCGACGUUGGUGAAUGGAGGUUCCUGGACACGUCCACACAAGGCCCAGGUUAACUCCUGGGAGGAGGUGUUUGGGAUGGAAGGGUGGAACUGGGAUAAUCUGCUCCCGUAUAUGAACAAGGUCGAGGCCGCCCGUCCCCCGAACGCUGCUCAGAUUGCUGCUGGGCAUCACUUUGAUCCUGCCUGUCAUGGCGUCAAUGGUACCGUCCACGUCGGUCCCCGAGACACCGGAGAGAAAUUCUCGCCCAUGAUCAAAGGUUUCAUGGAGACUGCUAAGGAAUCUGGUGUUCCCGUUCAGAAGGAUUUCAGCUGUGGCGUUCCUCAUGGUAUAUCGAUGUUCCCCAACGAUGUGCAUGAAGAUCAGACUCGGUCAGACGCCGCUCGCGAGUGGCUUCUGCCAAACUACAAACGGAAAAAUCUGAAGGUUUUGACUGGUCAAAUGGUGGGACGGGUUUUGUUCGAUACCACCACCUCCACUCCUAAAGCUGUUGGGGUCAACUUUGGCACACAUAAGAAGGUCAACUAUGACGUCCACGCUAGACACGAGGUGCUUUUGGCCGCUGGAUCAGCCGUAUCUCCUCAAAUCCUUGAGCAUUCCGGCGUUGGCUUGAAGACUGUUCUCGACAAGGUCGGAGUUGAACAACUUGUUGAGCUGCCCGUUGGUCUCAAUCUCCAAGAUCAAACCACUACAAAUGUCCUCUCGACUAUCAACUCAAUUGGUGCUGGCCAGGGCCAGGCUGCGUAUUUUGCCACCUUCAACGAAACCUUCGGAGAUCAGGCACCUCGUGCUCACCACCUGCUAAACACCAAGCUUGAAGAGUGGGCGAAGGAUGCUGUCUCCCGGGGCGGCUUCCACAACGAAACCGCGCUCCUGAUCCAGUAUGAAAAUUACCGCGACUGGCUCGUCAACUCAGACGUCUCUUACGCCGAGAUCUUCAUUGAUACCGCUGGCAAACUAAACCUUGACCUCUGGGAUCUCAUUCCGUUCACCCGCGGCUACGUCCACAUCCUGGACAGUGACCCCUAUCUUCGCCGCUUCGCAUAUGACCCUCAAUACUUCUUAAAUGAGCUCGAUAUCCUUGGUCAAGCAGCAGCCUCGAAGUUGGCUCACCAUCCCUGGAAACAACCUACCUACAACGCUACUCUCGACGAAUGGGUGGAAUAUGUCAAGCAGAAUUUCCGUCCCAAUUACCAUGGAGUCGGCACGUGCUCCAUGAUGAGGAGGGAACUUGGCGGUGUCGUGGACGCUGCUGCUCGUGUCUAUGGCGUUGAAAGUCUGCGUGUGAUUGAUGGUUCUAUUCCCCCAACCCAGGUGUCGUCUCAUGUCAUGACCGUCUUCUAUGGCAUGGCUGAGAAGAUCUCCGAAGCCGUCCUUGCAGACUAUCAUGCUGCUUUGAACUGA